AUGGAUGCAACACGCAUCCAAGUGGUGGCCAACCCAACAACCAGGCAGCUACCACUCCAGUUCUAUGACUACACCGGCCGAGCAUGUUUUCUCAUCCACAGCGAUGACACCCGUGCAGAACAGCUUGACGAGAUGCGGUUUCCACGCCAGAGAUUCACCAAACCCGUCCGAGUACCCGUUUUUGUUUACGGCUAUAGGCGCCUGGAACCAGAAUCGGCGGAAACUUCAUCCAUCACAACCACCGGCGUAGUCCCAGCAGUGAUUCCAGGACUUCCCACGGACGUCGACUUUCCUGGCCUCUCCAAAGACAUCGGCCAAGAAGUUCGAACCUCAAUCGCCCGAAUCCACUGCAACAUGGGGCACCCAUCCAAAGAAGAGUUGUGCAGACUCUUGGCCCACCAGGGAGACGUUCCUGACAAGGUCUACGAAUGCGCACGCAAACUUCGUUGCGCCACCUGCGAGCGCCUUAGACCACCACAGCAGCCGAGGCCAUCAGCCAUGCCUCGACCCUUCAUGGGCCAAUUUGGCGAUGAAGUGCAGAUGGACUUUGUGUACUGUCGUACCUUGGACUCAUCGACGCUCCUGAUCUUGGGAGUAGCGGACCGGGCCACAGGUUUGCACCAGGCUCGAAUCAUGCCAGCCAUCACCACCUGCGAGUGUUUCGACCAGAUGUGGAUGAGACCAUAUGGGAUUCCACUCAAGGUUCAGUGCGAUCCAGACCGUGCAUUCCGGGGUGAGUUCCAAACCCGUUUGGAGGCCCUUGGGUGCCUUGUUGAACAUUGCCCACCAGAGGCCCACCAUGUGAUUGGAGUCAUAGAACGAAGAAAUGCACUUCUCCGACUCAUCCUGGAGAAGCUCAUCGAUACCUUUGCGGCAGCCCAGGCAGACCAAUGCCACACACUGCUCACAGCAACAUGCCAUGCGCUCAACAGUGGCAUACACACUCACGGCAGAAGCGCAUACCAAGCAGUGUUUGGACGAGUUCCCAGACUGCCAGAUUCCAACUUCAGCGACAACUUGGUCCUUGCCACAUCAACACCUAUAGCCUACCAGGACCUCCAUGACCCAGGUUUCAAGGCAGCAGUCAUUCGAAGCGAGGCCUUGAAAACGCUCCAUGACCUCGACGUCAAUCAGCACCUCCGCAGGGCACUCACCCGUAAGACCCGGAACACCCGAGUCGCAGACCUCCAACCAGGCCAGAAAUGCAAACAGGCACAAGGAGGUACAGUCCUCGUUACCGCUGAGCAGUUAAGAGCAGCCUUUGGAUACGAGCACUGGACACCAGACAAGCAAGACAUUCAAUGUCUCAAGGAUGCCUCUAAGACCAUGCACGAGCACCUGUUUGAUGAACGCAAGAGUUUCACCGCUACGGCGAUGAACCAAAGGCACCAAAGACGCCACGAGCCCGUGGACGAUCUCGCACACCUUCCAAAGGAACACGUGCGCAUCCAACACCUGCCAAUCGAGCAGCGCUUGAACAAGGAGCGAACAUCGCACCACAUGCUGAAACAUGCGAACAUCGCAGCAGAACAAACACCGGCAAAUACUGCCGCAGCAUCCUCCAAGGCAGUUUCACAAACAUCAGCAGAGGCGGAGCCACUAGUUUCACACACUCCACUACAUGCAGAGUUGCCUACGCCACCAGCACCACGAGCCACAUCACGAAGUGAACCGGCAGGGUCAACCACUUCGGCGGCACCUGACCCACCUCAACUACCAAGCGCACCACUGGAGCAAACCACUGUGGGACUUCCACAGCAACAAACAUCCGAUGAGGCACAACAGGCAACAAGCAUGCACACUGAGCAAGCAUUGCCAAGCCUACCAGCAAAAAGGCCUUUUGACGCACUCACCAUGAUGUACGUGGACAUUGAUGGAGACAUCCAUCAUUUGCACCACCCACAAGACAUGAACACAUGGUCCACGUACGGAGCACCUCACACGGCCUUUCACCAAGCAUAUCUCAACACGGCACAACGCAGAGCAGACGUUGAACUACUUGGCAAGCCAGCAGACGAGUCAGACACAUCAGAUGAUUCUGACGCAGAACUACAGAUGACUUCAGCAGCUGCAGAGCAACAGCCUACUUCCGCCGCUGCAGAGCAACCGCCUACACCAGCAGCCACAAACGAGGAGAGCAGCAAUGCAACAGCAGUGACACCAGCCUACAAGCAAGGCCUGUCUCGACAGGAGAUCAAGGCUAUUGACAGAGAGAUCCCAUGGAGAUCCAUCCUCCAGAUGCCACAAAACUACUUAGACAAGUUCAUAGCUUCAGUAGACAAAGAGGCAAACUCCUGCAGCGAAUGGCAGUCCAUUGAGCCACUCAUUGACCAGCAAGCAGACGAGGUCUUGAAAGACCCAAAGCUGGUCAAAAGGGUGAUCCCUUCCCGCGCAUGCUAUCGAGACAAAGCAUGCGGAGUUGGAGAGCUACAAGCCAAGUAG